CACCUCCUCUUAACCACCAUGUUACGACGCUCGCUCGCCAUCGUGCUUUUCGCCAGCCUUGCGGCUCUCGCUACCGCGCUACCAGAGCUGCAACUACCUCUCGGAAAUGUCAGGACCGCGCCAGACAGCUGGGAAUACACGGACUGCGGAGAGGAGUCGGAUGCGGUCCAGAUACGGUCUAUCACAGUAUCCCCCGACCCGCCGAAGAUUGGGUCCGACCUCACGGUCACCAUCGUUGCCGACGUGAAGGAGACUAUCGAGGAGGGCGCGACGGCGGAUGUUCUCGUCAAGGUCGGCCGUAUCAAGCUGUUGGAGCAAACAUUUGACCUCUGCGAAGAAGCUCGUAAAGCCAAUGCCUCCAUCUCCUGUCCGGUCGAGCCCGGGCUCCACACUAUCGAGCAGACAGUGACGUUGCCGAAGGAGGUGCCCAAAUUGAAAUAUGUUAUAAGUGUGCGGGGCUUCACUGUCGAGGAGGACAGUAUGGCGUGUGUGGACCUGACGGUGCAAUUCCGGCCCUUCUUCCAGUUCUGGGAGUAA